UCUCUCAGCCUGUCUGAUUUCCCUCUGAGCCGCGGGAUCGAACCAGCUGCAGACUCCGGUCCUCUGUCGAGCGCUGUGACCAUCCUUACACAACGUGUGCUCGUUUCAUCUUUAGCCAUCUUUUGAUUAAACUUGUGACAUCAUACAGGUGAGACCCUGAGGGCAGCUGCUCUCUCUCUCUCUCUCUCUCUCUCUCUCUCUGACUCUGCAUCAUGGCGUCCGGUCUGAUCCGCCGUCACUUGGCUCUCUCUCUGCACAGGAACGUGAGGCUCAGCGCUCCAGCCUGCAGGUAUGCCAGUAAAGCAGCUCCAAAGACUGAUCAGGACUACGACUACAGUGGACCCUCCAUGAAAACCACCGUACCUGGACCCAGAACACAGGAGCUGACCAAACAGCUGGGAGAAAUCCAGAACGUGGGGGCCAUAAACUUCUUCUGUAACUAUGAGGAGAGUCGGGGGAACUACCUGGUGGACGUGGACGGAAACCGCAUGCUGGACCUUUACACACAGAUCUCCUCCAUCCCCAUUGGUUAUAAUCACCCUGAUCUGCUCAAACUGAUGUCCAACCCCAACAACCUGAGCACGCUGGUGAACCGUCCCGCUCUUGGGAUCCUGCCACCGGAGAACUUUGCAGAUAAAAUCACAGAGACUCUGCUCUCAGUGGCGCCCAGCGGGAUAACCCGUGUUCAGACGAUGGCGUGCGGCUCGUGCGCCAAUGAGAACGCCUACAAAGCCAUGUUCAUCUGGUACAGGAAUAAAGAGCGAGGACCCAACGCGCCGUCUGAAGAAGAGCUCAGCAGCUGUAUGAUAAACCAGUCUCCAGGAUGUCCUGAACUCAGUAUUUUAUCCUUCAUGGGCGGAUUCCAUGGCCGGACGAUGGGUUGCCUAUCAACAACACACUCUAAACCCAUCCACAAACUGGACUUGCCGUCGUUUGAUUGGCCGAUUGCUCCGUUCCCGCACCUUCAGUAUCCUCUGGAGGAGUUCACCCGCGAGAACGCUCAGGAGGAGGCGCGCUGCCUGGAGGAGGUGGAGGAUCUGAUCGUCAGGUGGAGGCAGAAGGGGAAGCCGGUGGCGGGGAUCGUAAUUGAGCCGAUCCAGGCUGAAGGUGGAGAUAACCACGCCUCCCCCGACUUCUUCAGGAACCUCCGCAACAUCGCACGCAAGCACGGCUGUGCGUUCCACGUGGACGAGGUUCAGACAGGGGGCGGGGCCACGGGAAAGUUCUGGGCUCAUGAGCACUGGGGAUUGGACGACCCGGCAGACAUCGUGGCCUUCAGUAAGAAAAUGCUGACCGGAGGAUACUUCCACAAGGACGAACUGCAGGCUGACAAGCCGUACCGUAUCUUUAACACCUGGAUGGGGGAUCCUUCAAAGAACCUGAUGCUGGCUGAAGUCCUGAACGUGAUCCGCACAGAGAACCUUUUGGAGGAGGUGUGCCGCUCAGGGAAGGCUCUGCUGAACGGCCUGUAUGAGCUGCAGGCUCGGUACCCCGGCAUGCUGAGCCGAGCUCGAGGACAGGGGACUUUCUGUGCCAUCGAUAUCUGUGACGACGCCACACGCACGAGCCUGCUCAACAAGGCCAGAGACAAAGGUGUCCUCCUGGGUGGCUGUGGAUCUCAGUCAAUCCGUUUCCGUCCUGCGUUGGUCUUCAAAGAGUACCACGUCCACAUGUUCCUCAACAUCUUUAACGACGUGUUGGCUCAGCACAAAUAAACCCAACUUGAAGACCUGAUGGACCUGAAGAACCUGAGGGACCUGAAGGACUCAGACUUACCCUACCUGCUACUGAUUGAAUCCUGUCAUGAUGAACACAAUCCUCACAUUAAUUUACACACCUGUCAGCUCUGUUUACAGGUCAACGACCAAUUCAUCUUCAAAACUGACCAAUCAUCCUCAUCCUCUCAUUAGCUCCAUAAGAUCAUCCUGUACCCACAGAACCAAUCAGAAAACAGAUUACUCUGGGUCCUGUGCUCGAUGAAAAGAAUCAAUGUAUUGCUGGAAGCAGCCGGUUGAUACAGGUGAGUCUGUUUGUCUGACAGGUAGCAUUAACAUUAUAUUAAUGUAAAUAAAGUGUUCUCAUUAACCACACACACACACACACACACACACACACACACACACACACACACACACACACACACACACACACACACACACACACACACACACACACACUCUGUCAGGGCGCAUCAGGGCUGUCACCACAAUAUUCAACUUUGAUUUGAUACCUGUGGAAAUAAAGGACAUCGUUACCACAGCGACAACAAUUAGAGUCCCAGACACACGUAUUGGUUUAUUUCUUCUUUUGAAUUAUUAAAAAUUGCUCACUGUCUAAAUUGUACAAAGAUGUAAGCAACAGUUCAGACAGUGAGCAGGAGGAAUCAGCAACAUGACCCUCAGACACGCUGAACCCUGACAGACUGUGGCGCCCUCUGGUGGUCGUAUUGAAGAAACCAGCCUGCAUGUCAUUAAAGCUCCUCGCUCUGCUUCUGACUGUUCUGUUGCUCUUCAGCUUGAAAUGUUUUAGCCCAGAAAUGUGAAACUUUGAUGGACCAUAAACAGUCUUAGAUGAUGUAGUGCCUGCAUGACUUUUUAUACGGCCUCCAUCACAUGUUGAAAACAGGCUGAACAGAGAGCUUCAUAUCAGCUGGUUCAAUAAUGUCCAUAUUCACUCUUCAGCUACGGAGGCCCCAAAGGACAAAAGACAAGAAGCACAAACAUAAAGAAAUUCACUUCAUAUCUCAUACACACACACAGACAUACACACACACACACACACACACACACAAUGAACCUGUGCUUAGAGCUGCUAACGCUCUAUAGAUCCACUUUCUGUGAUUAUUCAUCCGUCAGUUCGUUGACAUCAGAUUAUCGUUUCUUUUUAUUUAUGAGCUGCCAAACGGAGACCUCGUGUUAUGUGAUGAUAAACAACAACAGCAACAGCUCAGCGUUUAUGAGGCUUCGUUAACGCUGUCUCACCUUUACUGUUGUACGUCAGCGCCCCCCGGUGGUGACUGUGUGAUAACAGCGUUAUACUCAGGCUCUGAAACACGUUCAUGUUGAACAUCCUUGUUUCUCUGAAACUCAGGAAGACAUCGGGAGAGGCUGUGAGCUGAGCUGCUGCUAACGUUAGCUUAGCUUGUUUAUGGGCACAAUGUCAGACUAAACAUCAUAUCAGAUAUAUAAGAUAAUAUUUCUGUUUUAUUAACAGACUUUUGUUCUUUAUUUAAACAAAAGGAGACAAACUGAGCGCUGUUCCCCAUGGUAGCAUGUUAGCUAACUGUAGCUAAUUAGCUUAGCUUUAAGCACAGGUCCAUCAAACACUUUACACCAAGUCUCAUCAGCACAUGUAGUAAACAUGUUUAUGGCUCUGACUCUGGCGCUCUGUGAUUGGUUGAAUGUUCCUGGCGCCUUUAGACGAGUGUAGCAGCUCAUGAACAUGAAUCUGUUGUAAAUAUGAAAACAUGUGUAGGGGUCUCUCUCUUAACCACUCUGAUAUUUACGCUUUGUUUGGUAGCAGUUCAUGAAGGAUGAGGACAACAGCGCCCGUUUGUCUGUUUGUCGUCACUCAGUAUUACCUGAUGUAGAGUUCCCAUGAUCCUCUCUGUUAACUACAGUAAUUAUUGCACUUGUGACAUAUAGAUGAUUAUUGAUGUAAUUAUUUUAAUGGCUCUAACUGUUGUACUGUGAUCAAUAAAUUAAUCCAGUUUGACUAACUUA